CUUUUCCUACCUUAUCUCUAUUGGCGGCGACACCGAAGUGAAGGCUUUUAGGAAUGUCCCUGUGUUCCCUGUGUCUUAGCCACAUGCGCCCGGUAAGAUGAUGAGUUAGGCGGGUAGAUAGCUCAAAUUGCCCGGCACCCAGACGGCCAGACGGUCAGAUAGUGUGGGGGAGUCCUUCAGAAGCUGGAAACGUAUCUAUGUCGUUGUUGGUCGCAAGGUUAUCAGCCAUGGGCCAUGGCAGCACGAAAAGGAUUAGUAUCGUUGACAGGCUUGAUGGAUGUAAUAUUUUCUCUCUCUCUCUUUUCUAUCUUGUUAUCUUGGGCUAGAAACAAAAACUCCUAUUUAUUUCUAGCCCUUACUAUAUAGUCACUCCCAAUCUCCUUCAUAUCACUCGUUUACUUGUGGUUCGACUAUCUAGAGUUUGGACAUACGAUGCUUGACGUCCACAAAACGAACUUAAAUACCCUGUUUAUGACCUAGGUGGUACCUGUCUUGUUCCGCGGUCGCGUCAUGAGGAUAUCCUUCACACGUUUCUAAGGUUAUCAUUACUCGAAAAUUACCUAACGAUACGGAAACGGAAACGGAAACCUACUCAAUUCCUACCCUAGGCCUGUCGACUUCAUUUUCACCAUGGAGAGGCUUCACGAUUCAAGGCUUAGUUCAUGGGUAGAAAAGAUAGCCGUUGACAAUGAAGAUGGUCUCACCACCGCCCAGCUGAUGUUAACGAACAAUGAUCUCAAACCUGUCGAGCCUGAACGUCGCCAAUGGGGAGCCUGGAACUUCGUAGGUUUUUGGAUUGCAGAUUCCUUCAACAUCAACACUUGGAUGAUUAGUUCGUCCAUGAUUGUGGGUGGAUUGUCAUGGUGGCAGUCGUGGCUUUGCGUGUGGAUCGGGUACUCCAUCGCUGGAUUCUUCAUCUGCAUGACAGGUCGCAUUGGCGCCGUGUACCAUAUUGGAUUCCCAGUCGUGAACCGAUCGAGCUUUGGAAUAUGGGGUUGUCUUUGGCCCGUGUUCAAUCGUGCCGCUAUGGCUUGCAUUUGGUACGGCGUGCAAUCGUAUAUUGGUGGGGAAUGUGUGUACCUGAUGAUCCGAUCAAUCUGGCUCAGUUGGGACCGCGACACAAUUCCAAACACAUUUUCGCCAGACUCCGGGACUACCACCGCCGAUUACGCUUCAUUUUUCAUCUUCUGGCUCCUGUCUCUACCGGCGAUUUGGUUUCCCGUGCACAAGAUUCGACAUCUUUUUACCGUCAAGGCUUACUUCGUACCCUGUGCCGGCGUCGCUUUCUUGAUCUGGGCCUUAGUUCGCGCUGGUGGACCGGGUCCUAUCGUUAGGCAAGGUGCAACCGUGGAAGGUAGUGAUCUUGCUUGGCAGUUUAUUAAGGGCGUCAUGAGUUCUAUCGCGAACUUUGCAACUCUCAUCGUAAACGAUCCAGAUUUCUCUCGUUUCUCGACCAAGCCACGUGAUGCACUCUGGUCACAGGCUUUCACGAUCCCCAUCGGAUUUGCCAUCACCUCCUUGAUAGGUAUAUUGGUCUCAUCCAGCUCGGUCAUCAUCUAUCCUGGAACCGAACCAAUCUGGGACCCGCUUAAGCUAUUGGAGAGAUUCAUUGACGACGGUGGCUCUGGUCAACGUUUUGGCGUCUUUGUCAUCGCCCUUGCUUUUGCGCUAGCUCAACUAGGAACAAAUAUUGCAGCCAACUCGGUUUCAGCAGGAACCGAUAUGACGGCUUUGCUGCCGCGAUUCAUUAACAUCCGGCGUGGUGGUUAUAUAUGUGCUCUCGUCGGCUUGGCCAUGUGCCCCUACACCCUACUUACGUCAGCCAACCAGUUCACAACGUACCUCUCGUCCUAUUCGGUUUUUCUCAGUUCGAUUGCUGGAGUUAUGUGCAGCGACUAUUACUUAGUCCGCAAAGGCUACCUUGAAAUCAGGGAGCUCUACGAUGCACGCAAGACCGGACCGUACUUCUUUACCUACGGUUUCCAUUGGAGGGCUUACGCAUCAUAUAUCAGCGGCAUCCUUAUUAACGUAGUUGGCUUCGCUGGGGCUGUAAAUGGAGGCAAUGUCCCCAUAGGAGCAACGUACAUUUACAACUUCAAUUUCUUCUGCGGCUUCAUCAUCUCGGCAGGCAUGUACUGGGCUUUGUGCAAGCUAUCUCCCAUCCCAGCUUGCAGCGAUACUUGGAUGGAAGUGGGCGACCAGAUCGACGAAGUCAGGCUAGCUUACGAUCAAAGUAGCCAGCAAGAAGAGGAAUUUGAGGAGGAGGCAGAUCUGGGUAACAAGUACGAUAAGGAUCACCAGAAAACGGUAUAAAAUAGAGGGCGAGGUCGAGUGCGAGUGCGAGUUUUGGUUAAGUAUGUACUAAAAUGUACCACAUUGGCCGAUUUUGACAUUGAUCAUACCCAUAUUCAUUAAUACGGCGGAUCUGAUUAUGGCUUAGCACCAUAUCCAGAAACAAAUGAUAAAAGUUUACAUGAAAAACCAUAGUAUUGCUGAAGAAAAAAAGAUUUUAUUGUUUUAUUCAUUUUGUUCAUACAGUACCUUAGGUAGGUACGACGGAC